GGUGGACAAACUUGAAUGAUAGGGUUUUUUGCCAAAAGCAGCGAACGAUAACCUUUUCAGUCUGUCAUUUCAAGCACGAUGUCCUCUGCAGGUACAGCAAAGAAACCUGCACCAAUCAUCCGUACAGUGGUUCCUGGAAAUCGAACGCUUGAGGAAAUUUACGAAGAAGAGGCUCGUGAGAUCGUAGACGAAGCAAUUGAUAAUGCGCGGCGAAGAUUGUCGGUGUACGCCAGUGGGGCAAAGGAAUCAGACGUUCCUGAUGUUAAAGAUGAUGAACCCACAAUAGAUCCUGAGACGGGAUAUGAGAUACCCAAUAUCAAAUGGAUGACUUCUGAAAACUUUACAGUCGCUGGAGGGUUAGAAAAGAUUGAGGAAUUUAUCCAGACAUGGGAGCGUGACAAGUGCUGGUUGUACUGCAUUGACUUCUUGAGAGAAGAGGAACACCCUUACAGUUGGCGAUAUCGCUAUGCUGUCAAGUGGAGUAUACCAACCAGGAGAAGACCCAUUCCAAGAGCAACUGCUUCAGUUUACUUCACUCUUGAAGUUAGCAAAUUUAAGCCUAAGACUUUUCCAGUUGAAGUUUACUAUAUUUUUGAGACGCACCGUCUUGUCCACAGGCCUGGUAAAACAAGGUUUCGUGAAAAGUGGUUAAAGGAUGUCAUAGAAAGCAAGAUUCGACUGAUGGACUCAGUGAAAUUCUAAUCCAGUGGUUAGAAACUCUGCAGUUCAUUACAUGUAGCAGUGUGGAAAUACUAUAUGGUAAAAGUUUACAGAAAACCAGAAUUUUGAGAUGAACAGCGAAUUAGAAGUCUUUAGUUUCCUUGAUAAGCUGAGCAAAAACUCAUUGCUUGAAAAUAAAUCUGCCCAGAAACAGUUGUAAUCCAUACCAAGUGAGACACGCUUGUAACAUACUGAAUUAUAUUUUAGUUUAGGUUUCAUAAAGCGGUUUUUGGGCAUCAAACAGACACAGUUAGCUGUUUCGAGUUUGAGAAUCAGGAUUUAUAAUACAUAAGAUCAAGAAUAGAAUGUGCGUAAUGUGAUGUACAUAGAUCUUCAGAAAAAGCUAAAACGUAGUGUUCAAUUGCGGUUUGUUGAUCUCUUUCUUGAUUUGUUGAAUCACAAGCUUUCAUUUUAAAACUUGAUCUUAUUCAGAUGUAGCAUCUAAACGGCAUCAAAUCUCUUCUACCAACAAUUUCUGGAAUAAACCUCUCCCAAGUGCAGUAUACCUACUCUACCUAAAUAUCUGAAACAAGAUAGUUCAAUGUUUUCUUUAAUAGCAGAGUAAAGAACAAUAUUUACUGUAAAUAACGUGUUAAGUGUACCCGUAGCAGAUCUAUCUUAGAAUCACAGGAAGCAUAACGUGGGCCAGAAUAGCUGGCUUUUUUUAGAACCAUAAAUUGUCUCCAGUUCUCUGUGGUUCUCAAGUUUUUCACACUCGUCAUCCAAGUUGAAACAAAAGUCGUACCAACAAAGAAGAAUUAAAACAUCACCACUGGACAGUUGACAAAAAGGCAACACUCAUAGUGAAGAUACUCCCGUAUUUUGCUUAUUUCUACGGGUCGAUGCAUGUCGGCAGGACCGUGUUUAAAACCUUGUUAAUAACUCUGUUACAAAAUACAUAUUAUAUGAAAUUCCCAUGUGUAAAAUAACAACUGCAAUAAAUUUAUUUCCUAUCAAA